CCCGGAUUCUUUGGUGAAGUAAGACUGACGUAUGUUUGUUUCUCUUUCCCCCACCCCGUCUUAACGUCGGAAUUGCAUGGAUUGUAAGAUAGAAUGCGUGUGGCUUACGCAUAUAUUCAUGCUCCUUAGAUAGAUUAAGGUAUAUAAACCAGCAUACAUUCAAAUAUAUCCCUCUUCUUUCACUCAACACAAUACACCAUCCAUUUCUACAAUGGCUCGCUUUACUCUCUUGAUCUCUGCUUUGGCUUUGAUGGCCAUGACGAGCGUAUCAGAAGCAGCGGUGAUCGAACGUGAUACAGCAUCAACGGUGAAAUGUACGCCAUUGGGUGUUUCAGAUGAAGUUUAUUUUAAGCAAAGUGCACAUAGUGAUCCACUGUAUGGUGUAAAAAUCAGUACAAAUUCCAACAAAUUGAUCGCAACAAAGAAUCGUGAUACAGGAGAAAAGUUUCAAUUCUUACGUUGUGAUGCACCUUCAACCGGAUACGUUCAAGGUCAACCAAUCAAUGCAGGUUAUGCAGGCGUUUAUUUCGGUCAUGUUCAGCAUGUUUCAACGGGUAAAUGCUUAAAACAUGAUCAAUCCUCUUUGGAUUUCACAUUGGGAGAUUGUCCAACAAAGGAUACAGCAAAAACACAAUUACCCUACUGGUUCGAAUCAGUUGAUGGAAAUAAUAUUCGUUUUACAGGAUACAAAAACACAACUGCUUAUCCACAACCUGAAUGGUUUGCAAUCCCUUCAGGAGAAACACCAUUUGAAAUUAAAACACAGCAACAAGGUCAUAACGGCAAGCCUAAUCAAUACGUCUUUGCUAGGCCUAUUCGUACCUAAACCUGAUGUAUGAUUGCUCUUAUAAUUGAUCCUUAUGAAUUGAACUUGAAAUAUCUUAUAUCAUCUUAAAU